AAAUAAGGUCCUUGAAGAAUUUUGCCUACGUUCUACCUUAACUACCACUCUGCGGGUGGGGCUGCUGCCUGGGGUGGGACUAGGCAAAUGUUACCCUAUGAGGUAGAGAAACGAGGCCGGACUGAGAGUUAAGGAUAGGUUAUCCCUGCUAGGGGCGUGGCUUGCGGGUCCUCACUUUCCCGCCGACGGUUGGCCUCGUCACGUGACAUGGGCUGGAAGAUGGCGUCUCCCACAGACGGGACAGAUUUGGAAGCAUCUUUGCUAAGUUUUGAGAAACUUGACCGUGCCUCACCUGAUCUUUGGCCAGAACAGUUACCCGGUGUUGCUGAAUUUGCAGCUUCUUUCAAGAGUCCCAUCACAAGCUCUCCACCGAAAUGGAUGGCUGAAAUAGAACGUGAUGACAUCGAUAUGUUGAAAGAACUGGGGAGUCUCACUACAGCUAAUCUGAUGGAGAAGGUACGAGGCCUACAGAACCUGGCCUACCAGCUGGGACUGGAUGAGUGCAAAGACAAGCCAUCUGAAGCCAGAGAGAUGACAAGAGGAAAAUUCUUGAACAUUCUAGAAAAGCCCAAGAAGUAGCAACUGCUCAUGGACUGGUAUUCGAAGACUGUAACCAAGUUUCCUUCCAGAUGCAACUCCGAUGCCCACCAUGUGCUUCCUUGGGAAAGCCUGAAGACUAAACUUCAGGACUGCCCUUCUCCCUUGCCCCUGGCACCCUGUGCCUCUGAGGACGUUUGGUAGCAAGAGGAGAGUUUGUUCUGCCCAAGGGUCAUUGCUGUUUGCUGAGUUGGCUUCCCUGUUCUGGAUAUUGCUAGCACAGAGGGCCUGUCAUUCUGAAAGGUGGUUUCCAGGAGCCCCAGGAUCGUAUGGUUCCUUUGAUUCUGUAAGGGCAAAGUCAUUAGUGACUUGUUGGUUGAAAGGGUUCUGUUGAGUUGUACUUGAUCUCCUAAGCAUUCAUGAUGAGGACAUCAGAGACCAACUACGUUCUGGACCAGACUGUGCAUCCUGACCUGUGAACUCUCCAACAUCUAUGGAUUCUUUGGCUCCAUUCUGGAGGAAACAGAAUCUUGCUGAAAUGCACAUCUGCUUUUUAAAUCUGCACCUCCAGUGACAAUCCCACUGUCAACACUAUCUGGUCCCCACCUCCCAGUCCCACUCGCAGGUCUGACUCCAGACAGGAGGAACUCUUGAGUGACUUUCCUGGGAUUAGCUGUAGAGUGAACGGCUCAUGCUGUGUCGCUUUGAGUCCUAGACCUCCAGACCAAUAAGAAGGCAACAGAAGGAACUCUGGGUAGUCUGUUACGUUUGUAAGUAAAAAGGUGGGAGGGUGUGGUUGUGAGAGUCCCCAUGUGACUGAAAACAGGAAGCCUGACUGACUGGUGUGCUAGCAAAUGGUAGUGGCGUUUUGUCCCUCCUUCCUCCUCUCAGCCACCUAUCAGAUGCUUUGCUUAUAUAAGAACACACCCCAUGAAAGUGUCCUGGCUUAACUACAGCUCUCACAGAUUUUUUUUUGCUAGUUGUAUGUCUGCUGAAAUCUGAAAAUCUUGCCCGGGGAUAAAAUCAAUUAGACCUAGUCUGUCACAUGAUAAGUACAGCGAGUUCCUUGAACAUUGUAGAAAGAAAAGCUCUGUGGCCAUCGUCCACUGGGAGUGUGGACACAGGAAAAGUUGUGGUCAAGUUUGUGGUCUUGUAUCUUUUAGGGCACAGUACUCUGGGCUCUACAGCAAGGUCCCUUGACUGUUUUUGACAUUUGUGCUUAAUGCUAGAAUUGAUGUUGGAUUUUCCCCCUCAUUAAUGGUUUUGAUCAACACAAUUUUACUUUUUGAAAGGAAAAGGCAGUGAAAUAUAUAACACAGAUAUGACUAUGAGAAGAGAUGUAUUCUGCUGAGGUCCCUACAAUGACCAGUUGAUUUUAAGCUUAAUUCUAUAAUUGACAGUUUUUAAUCUCACUGAAUGCAAUUAAAGUGAGUGUGUGCAAGUGGUUGGAAAAUAAUGCCAUAAUGUCAAUUUUUUUUCUUCACUCUGUUUUUGAGAGUUGAUGACAUCAGGCAAUUUUCAGAGUUUGGGGAAAUUGAAAACUUUGUGGAGAAUACUGGGCUAGCUCCCCCAAACUAAGCACGUCUGUAAUAGGAAGCCAGGAGUUGGUGUUUUGAUCUGCUAUGGCCUCCUUCUCUUUCUGUCCUAUUCACCAGCACUUAAUUAAUGUAAGUAGGUGUUUUAGACUGUGGUAUUUAUUGUUUUUGUAUUAUCGUCCUUAGAAAUGUUAAUGGUGUAUUUUUGUAUUGAUAAUAUAAACUUAUGUAUAGUAUGUAUUUUAGAAUGUUAGAGAAUACUUUGUGUAUAAUGUUGUCUCUCCAUAAUAAAUAUGUCCCUCAUAUAGGA